GCUUUCUGGAACAGAGCAUUCGGGAACGCAUACGAGAGAGAGAGAGAGAGAGAGAGAGAGAGAGAGAUGUCGAAAACGCUGGUGCAGCCCAUAGGGCAGAAGAGGCUGACGAACGUGGCGGUGGUUCGGCUGAAGAAGCACGGCGUCCGAUUCGAGAUCGCUUGCUACAAGAACAAGGUCCUUUCCUGGCGCUCCGGCGUAGAGAAGGAUUUGGAUGAAGUGUUGCAGUCGCACACUGUUUACUCAAAUGUUUCCAAAGGGGUUCUUGCCAAGACAAAAGAUUUGAUGGCUGCUUUCGGGACUGAUGAUCAGACAAAAAUAUGCUUGGAGAUUUUGGACAAAGGGGAACUGCAAGUUGCUGGAAAGGAAAGGGAAUCUCAGUUAUCAAGUCAGUUUCGAGAUAUUGCAACAAUAGUUAUGCAGAAAACUAUUAAUCCUGAGACUCAACACCCUUAUACUAUUAGCAUGAUUGAACGUCUAAUGCAUGAAAUUCAUUUUGCUGUUGAUCCACAUGGUAGCUCAAAAAAGCAGGCACUGGAUGUUAUCCGUGAGCUACAAAAGCACUUUCCUAUAAAACGGUCUCCAAUGAGACUACGAUUAACAGUACCGGUACAAAAGCUUUCUUCUGUUAUGGAGAAAUUCAGUUUCUGGAAUGCUAGUGUGGUUUCAAAGGAUGAAUCUGGAAGUCAGCUUUUCAUUAUAUUCGAAAUGGAGCCAGGUUUUUUCCGGGACUGUGAUGCCUUGGUGAGGAAUCUGCAGGGCAGGCUGGAAAUUCUCGCAGUUUCUGUACAUUUUAAAGGGGAUACGAAUGUGGAUCAUUAUGAUGAUCAUGAGGAUGUGCCAGGAAGCCUACCCGGGGAAAGCUCGGAUUCUGUGGCCCAACUAAGCGCAAGAAUUCAGGAACAUAAGAUCUCUGGCACAAGCGAAAGUGCCAAGGGAGAGGGAGAGCAAAAGAAGUGCAGCACAUGCAAUGCCCUUGUGCCGGGGGGAACGACGCAGUUCAAAGAGCACUGUUUAAGUGAUUGGCAUAAGAAUAACGUUAGGCGCAAGGCUCAUAAACUCCCUGCACUGACUGCAGAAGAAUACAUGGUCGACAUGGACAGGGGUGGCUCCAAAGCAGAUUUGAAAGAGUACUCGUUCUGAGUGAGAUUUUUGGCCUUGCUCUUUUUCCCUUUUUUCUUGGUGGGUUAAGUUUCACUACUUGCUAUGCACAUGGAUGUGACUGUGAGCCUAAUGGUAACAUUAUCUGGUAAAACGUUUAGCUUCACUAGGCUUCUUGUCAGGCACCUUGUUACUUUCAAGAUCUAAAACUUUGAUGUAUGUGUGUCUUUUAAGUUUCAUUCUUCUUAAACAGAUGGGAAAAUUAUAUUGUUAUGUAAUUUUUGUGUACAGACUGUCUCCCAUACUAUUCUUCUAUGUAACAUUGUUGUUUGGAUGUCCUCGAAAGGAGAAUCUUCUGACUUUUUCUCA